CGUUACGCCAGAGCAAGAUGGCCGACACGGCGGCCACUGCCGGGGCCGGUGGCUCCGGAACGAGAUCAGGAAGUAAACAAUCCACUAACCCUGCUGACAACUACCAUCUGGCCCGGAGGCGAACCCUUCAAGUGGUUGUGAGCUCCUUGUUGACAGAGGCAGGGUUCGAGAGUGCUGAGAAAGCAUCCGUGGAAACAUUGACAGAGAUGCUGCAGAGCUACAUUUCAGAAAUCGGGAGGAGUGCCAAGUCCUACUGUGAGCACACAGCCAGGACGCAGCCCACACUGUCAGACAUCGUGGUCACGCUUGUUGAGAUGGGUUUCAAUGUGGACACCCUCCCUGCUUAUGCAAAACGGUCUCAGAGGAUGGUCAUCACUGCCCCUCCAGUGACCAAUCAGCCGGUGACCCCCAAGGCCCUCACUGCAGGGCAGAACCGACCCCACCCGCCGCACAUCCCCAGCCAUUUUCCUGAGUUCCCUGACCCCCACACCUACAUCAAAACUCCGACGUACCGUGAGCCCGUGUCGGACUACCAGGUCCUGCGGGAGAAGGCUGCAUCCCAGAGACGAGACGUGGAGCGGGCACUCACCCGAUUUAUGGCCAAGACAGGCGAGACCCAGAGUCUUUUCAAAGAUGACGUCAGCACGUUUCCAUUGAUCGCUGCCAGGCCUUUUACCAUCCCCUAUCUGACCGCCCUUCUUCCAUCGGAGCUGGAGAUGCAACAGAUGGAAGAGACAGAUUCCUCGGAGCAGGAUGAGCAGACAGACACAGAGAACCUCCCUCUUCAUAUCAGCACGGUGGGUCCUGCCUUCUCUCUGCUUCAUAGUACCCACAAAACUCAUCCAUGCUGCCCUCAGCCUGUCACCCUGAGAAGUAGACAUGACCUACCCCGGGCCUCUGGUUUUGUGUCAGGGACUUGCGUGAUGGGCUCAUGAUGAUCCAAGUGUGACAUGAGCUCUUGCAUGAGAGACAAGUCCAUGUCCUGGGGAUCACUCAUUCAUUCACCAAAUAUUGAACAGGUGUCUGCCAGAGCCAGGCACAGUUCUGGGUACUGGAGAAUUAGUAGGAGACUAAGGAGAUAAAAUUUCCUGCCCUCACAUAGCUAAGAAAAAUGAUAAAUUAGAAGAUAGGAAGUAGUAUGGGUAUGAGGGGCUGUGGUACUGGAUAGGGUGACUGAGAAGGUGACAUGAAGGGAAUAAGGCUUGUACAUAGCUGGGAGUAGAGCAUUCCUUGCAGAGGACACAGGAGAUGCAAAGGCCCUGAGGUGGAAGCUGUUGUGUUGAGGCACCUCAAGGCCAUCAAGGUAGCAUGAAGAAGGGGGAGCUCCUGGGCAGUUAUAUCUUAAAGGUUGUAUUAAACACUGGGCUUUUUCUCAGUAAGGGGGGAGCCAUUGGGAAUGCUGAGCAGAGGAGCGUCAGGGGCUGAUGUAGGUUUAUUAACAAAGUCAUUCAGGUUGCUGUGUUGAGAGUGGACUGCAGAAGAUAAGGGUAGAAGCAAGAGAGACCACUUAGGAGGCUCUGCAGUAAACUGAGGGGUGGUAGUAGAAGCAAAGACAAUGAGACGUGGUCAGAUAGAUUAUUUGGUCAGAUUUUAGAUUACUUUCAGAGGAGAGCCAAGCGAUGGAGUGGGUAUGAGUUGUGAGAGAAAGAGCGCGCCAAAGAGGAAUGCAAGGCAUUUCACCUGAACAACAGGAAAGAUGGAGUUGCCUUCAGCCAAGAUAGGGAAGCCCUGGGUGUGCCAGGUGGCUGGGGGGAGAGGCAGGAAUUCCGGUGAAACAGGGUAGCCUGAGAUGCUUAUUAGACAUCUGGUGGUGAUGUCAGGCGGAGAGAUGGAUGUAUGAGUUGGGAGUUCGAGGAGCUGUUAGGGGUAGAGAUGCGAAUCUGAGAGUCAUCCACAUGUAGACUGUGUUUAAAACCAUGAGACUGAGUGAGCUCCUUGGGAAUGGGUAAGGAUAAAAAGAAGAGGAACUGGACUCCGUAAGUAUAGACAUGUGCUGUCCGUUACAGUAGCCACGUGUGUCUAUUUAAACUGAAAUUAGAGGUGCCUGGUGGGCUCAGUCGGUGCAGUGUAUGACUCUUGAUCUUGGUGUUGUGAGUUUGAGCCCCACAUUGGGUGUAGAGAUUACUUAAAAACAAAAUCUUUAAAAAUCUAAAAAAUAAACCGAAACUAAUGUAAUUGAGAUGUUAAAAUUCAGUUUCUUAGUCACACUGGCCGCUUUUCAAAUAGCCACCCAUGGCUAGUGGCUACCAUACGGGGCAGUACAGAUACGAACGAACACUGUUGUCAUUGCAGAAAGUUCCGUUGGACAGCACUUAUAUAGACAAUUGUUUCAAGGAAUUUGUAAAGGGAAGGAGAAAAAUGGAGCAGUGGCCAAAGGGGGAACGCUAAGGGGUUAAGAGAGGCGUUUUUUUUUGUUGUUGUUUUUUUUUUAAAAAGAUUUUAUUUAUUUAUUUGAGAGAGAGAGAGAAUGAGAGAG